GAGGCAGGGGAGGCGGGCGCGGGCUCCGCCGCGUGCCCCGCUGCUGCCGGCUUUGGCAGGAGGGUGAUUUGCGGUGCCAUAGGAACCGCCGGGGAAGGCGGAGGCGGCGGGAGAUGCCGGCGGCGCGGUAAGCGGAGGAAGAGCCCGCCUCCCUCCGCGGCCGUGGAAGGGUGGAAAGGGAGGAAGGCGCCGGGGAGGGGGCGGCUUCCCCGGCGGGGACUCAAGCCCCGGGGACGCGCCGGCCCUUUGCACCCCCUUCCCCGGCGGACCCGUCCCGAUUCCUCGCGUGGAAAGCUCUGAACCCGCGUGCUGCUGGUGUGGUGGCAUCGCUUCUCCCUGCAGCGCCUUCCAGGUGACUUCACCGCCUUGGUGGGCAUGGAUCCCGCGUGAAGGAAGCCCCGCUCUGCUCCUGCCUGGAAGGCGCGACGAUGCUGCCGGGUUCCAUCCAGAUCUCCGGGGAGACGCUCUCCGGGGCCGAGAUCCGCGACAUCUGCGAGAGCCUCCGGGAGAACUCCAUCAAGCUGCUCUCCCUCCGAGGAUGCCGCCUCUCCGACCGGGACUUCGGGCGCAUCUGCCGAGGGCUGGCCCAGUCCCACUCCCUGGCCCAGCUCAACCUCAACCUGGGCAUCGUCUCCAACCUGGGACGGGUCAAGCAGCUGGCCGAGGCCCUCCAGACCAACCGCUCCGUCCAGUCCCUCUUCCUCCAUGGAAGCCCCCUGACGGAUGCUGGCCUGGCUUUCCUCAACCCAGCACUCUCCGUUCACCCCUCACUCGUGGCCUUGGACUUGGGGGACUGCAUGCUAGGCGAUGAAGGGAUCAGCUUGAUCUGUGGGCUUCUGCCUCCUGAUGGAGCCAAGUCAGGUUUGAGGGAGCUGACCCUAAGUGCUAACCCUGGCAUCACCGCAAAAGGAUGGGCGCGCCUGGCGAUUGCGGUGGCUCACAGUUCCCAGGUGCGAGUGCUGAACUUGGACUACAACUCCCUAGGUGACCAGAUAGCGGGAAUGCUGGCAGUUUCUGUGGCAUCCAGCCGGACCCUAGAAGUUUUGGACCUGGAAGGAACAGGACUUACUAACCAAUCAGCCUUGAUCCUGCUGGACAUGGUGGAAAACUACCCAACUGCUCUGCGGACAUUGAUCCUGGCAGAAAACAACAUCAGCCCUGAACUCCAGCAGCAGAUCUCUGACCUUCUUUCUGAGGGUGAGGAAGAGGAAGAGACGGAGAAUCGUGAAGUCAUGGCCAGAGAGAAGAACUCCUGGAUCUGUCAGAGCAGUAAGGCUUCUGAGCCCCCACUGAGAGGUGGCGGUGAAAAGGGGGAAUGGGAGGUUGGCAAGAUUGGGAAACGAUUGUGUUCAGCUCAUUUUUGAAAAAAGGCAAGCAAAUCGCAAAGCUUCAUUGCUUCCUUUUUGUGGCUGCUGUUUGCAUCCCAGUAGUUACUCAUAAUGAAAAUCCUUCCCCUCUGUAGUAUGAAGCCUAGCCCUUUAUCUUCUCCAACCCAGCAGCUGGUGCCUUUGCUACUUGCUUAGUCUUGAGGAACAUGUUCCCUUCUGCAUCAGAGGCAGUAUGCCUCCACAUAGGACUUUGGGAGAACAUGAGCAGGAGGGUGCUUUUGCUCUAUCCUGCUGGCAGAAUUAUCAUAGGCAACAUAUUGGACACUUGUAACAAGUGCGUUGGCAUAGAUGGGCCUCAGAAAAGAUCCAGGAGAGAUUAUUUUGUCUCCAUUUUUUGAAUUACAAAUUGAUAUACUAAAUUAGAAAACCAACAACAGCAACCACAAAAUGAUCUAGCCUCUUGGGGUUUGUUGGCUUAUAGCAACAGAGCAAAACCUUAACUGGAAAGGACAGUUAUUUGGAAGAUAUCUAAGACUAAUGUGUUUCCUGUCAAGCCUGUUGGUUAUUAUUCUCCACCUUUUUGUCAGGUAGGAAAGUACUACUGUCAUCUAAUUACAAUGGUUGAUGGAGUUACUGAAACUUGACUCGCAGAACCUAACCUAGAGUCCCAUUAACAGACCACAUUAUGUGAAGGGAAACUGGCAAUGGGCAAGCUUCAGUUCAAAAGGCAGCACAUCUGCAUGGGAGCUCUAUUACGGCACUUAAACUAAUGAUUUCUCUGGUUACAACAGGAGACAGACUGCCUCUUUAUGUAGUCAGACAUUAAUAGUGUAGCAGACUCUAAAAGCAUCACAUCCUAAAUCUGAAUGAAUGAGAACUGUUUGGACAUAGCCAGGACGGUCUGUUCCCGAUAAGUACUCACUCCCUAAAAACUUCAAGUCUCAUGAACCUCAUGCCUGGGCAGUCAUCAGGACUGCUGGGAGAUGUAAUCCAAAUAUAUAUGGAAGACACCAAAUUGAAAAAGCCAGAGAUAGUUUUGGCUCUCCAGACUUUAGAUCUUAGUUGUCGUCAGGUAAGAGAUGAUGGGAGGAAUAGUUCAACUACACUCCCUAGUCUAAGAGCACUGACUAUACAAGUUGGGGAUAAAGUUCAGUGGCUUUCUUCUGGAACGCUUCAGAUUGUAGAUGCUUGCAUUCUUACCUUUAAUAUUGUCCCUGCUAAUAAUUUUAGCUGUCCCCAAACUAUGCCUACGCUUUAUGUACAGAUAACGUCUGCCUUCCAACUCAUUAGCAAAAUCACACUUUUCAUUUCAGAUUCCAGUUCCCAGAUGGUUUUGGUAACAUCAGGCCUUGGAGAAAGUCUAUUAGCAGAAACAGAGAUGUGAUCAGGAAACUCCAGUAGCCUCUUGAUGAAAAAUAUAGUUUCUCUGUAUGUGGGAAGUGUGCGCGUUCAUGGGAAUGCAUUUACACAUAUCACGUGUGAAUGUCAACAGUUGCUUGUGAGUUUGCAAGUGAGUGUAUGCACUAGGCCAAAGUGUGAAAGUUCAUAUGUCCAUGUGCAAUUGUUAGGCCUGCUCCACACACUGUGUCUUACUGAAGUCACCUUUUAGCUCUACACUGGGACCUGACCCAAAUUAACCUGUGUUCUAUAACUUUGUCAGUUGCUUGUGAUUGUCCAGUUGCUGUAUUUUUCAGACUCUGCCUACUCUCAACUGACCUUUUUUUCGGGGGGAGGGGUUCUAUUUAUUCAGAUGUGUAUAUUUAUGUAUAACAGAUACUCUUUUUAUUGCUUGUAUCUAUGUCCUGAAUAGGAUUUUAUAAAGUUCACAGAAAUGA